UUGUGCUGCAUGCAAGUUGGAAGUCGAGCCUCUGCCAGCAAUCGGUGUGUGCGGAGAUUUUGUUUAAUCACGAUGUCAAUCACGGAUAUCGAAUCAGAGCGGACGAUGGCCAGACAAGCAACUCUGAAGCCAACCAACAAAAAGAUGAAGCCACCCAACAAAAGCCUUUUUCUCGCUUUUUCUACCGUUGCAAAGGAUGUUGGGUGGCAUGAUGAGAAUGCCCAAAAACAUCCCACACCACAGAAUUCCGCUACUAGCUAGUACCAUAAGUUGAUCAAACCAUCAUCAUCAUGGGAAAGAAAUCCAGGAAGAAGAAGAACAGCGGCAAUCAAGAUGCCGCUGAUGCAGCUGUGGCCGACGAGCGGUUUGCCAUGGCCAAACCCCAUUUUCAGUCCUUUUCCCAAAAAUCACGCCAUAAUACCAAUAGUGGCAGCAGUGGCCUCUUGACCACGUCGUCCAACAAGAUUGUGCUGGAUGAACGCUUUUCCUCCGUCUUGACAGAUUCGCGCUUUCAAUUGCAAGAAAAGGAUAAAUAUGGAAGAAAGAAGCGGACAAACAAACAGAAGAACCAGAAAAACAAAGAAUUGGAUGCCUUUUACACAGUGGCAGAUGACGAUGAUAAUGAAGAAGAAAAGGAGAAACACGAGAAAGAAAAGGAUGAUGCAUCGUCCACUUCCGGUUCUACCGAUUCCAGCAAUGACAGUGACGACAAUAACAAUGAUCAAGAUGAUGAUGCCGUGGAAGACCCUGCAUCCCGAAUUUCCUAUUUGACAGCACUUUCACGUGGAGAACUGGAUGUGUCGUCUUCCUCUUCCGACGAUGACGGCGAUAGUGACGAAUCGUCCGAUAAUGACGAUGACUCCUCAGUCGAAACAGAAGACCCCAUUCAUGGAACGGCGGGAAUUUUGGAUCCUUCCGCAAAGAAGGAAGCACAAGUGGAAAUCACUUUUGAACAAUCACCCUACCUCGCCGUCACUAAUCUCGACUGGAAUCACAUGCGAGCGGUAGAUAUAUUUGCCAUUUUAUCCAGUUUUUCUCCUCCAGGAACACUCAACCGAGUGCAAGUAUUCCUAAGUGACUAUGGAAAGCAAAAAAUGCAACAAGAAAUGCAGCAUGGUCCUCCCAGUUUGUGGAAAAAGAAGAAGAAAACCAAAAUAGCAACCACUACAUCAGAGAGCGAUGAGGAUGAUGAUAGUGAAGAAAGUAGCAGUGAAGAAGAAGAAGAAGAAAACGACAACCAAAACGACAACGAGGAGAGUGACAUGGAUGAUGACGCAGAUGAACCGCCAUUAGCGGAGACUUAUGAAGAUUUCAUCGACGCUGCCAAUGAACAACACCAAAAAGCAGAGUCCGACUUUGACCCUGAAAAACUCAGAGCGUACGAAGCAUCGAAACUCAAAUACUAUUUUGCAGUCGCCGAGUUUGCAUCAAAUAAGGCUGCCGAUGUCGCCUACAAAGAAGUCGAUGGGAUGGAGUUUGAACACUCCAGUGCUGCCGUUGACAUGCGAAGUAUACCCAAGGAGGAAAUCAACAAUGUCACCGAUGGUAGAGAACUCAGAGAUGAAGCAACCUCCAUGCCGGGAGACUAUAUGCCUCCCGCCUUUAUUGUCAGCGCAUUGCAACAAACUUCGGUUCAGUGUACUUGGGAAGCAGGUGACAGCAACCGAGAACGGCUUCUCACCAAAUACACAUCAGCCGAACAGUGGGCUGCUUGUGCUGAGAAUGACGAUUUGAAGGCUUACCUGGCUUCGGAUGCAUCCAGUGAAGAAGAAGACGAUUCCGACAAUGAUAGUGAUGCACCCAACGCCAAGGGUGCCAGGUUGAGAAAACUAUUGGGGCUGGACAAUGACAACGACGACGAUGGCAGUGAUGCUGAAAACAGCGUGGGAUCGGGAGCAGCAGGUGCAGGUGCAGGUGCAGGUGGCUCUGACAGUGACAGCGAUGAUGGGGGAGAAGUCUCAAAAGAAAUCAAAUACGACCCCAAUAAAGCAGACCUGCAAGAAAAGAUUCGAGCCAAGCUAGAGGCAAAGGACGAAGCUCAGCAGAAGGAGCUUUCUCCAUGGGAAAAGUACAAGGAAAAGCGAAAAGAAAAGCGAAAAGAAAGGCGCCAAGCUGGACGGCGAAAACGAGACGAUAUGGAGCUGGAAGACAAAGGAGCAAAACGACGUGGUGGGAAGCGCAAGGAAAGCGACGACCAAGGCAGUGAUGAUGACGGCGGCAAUAAUCGAAAGAAACUGUCCAAAGAAGAGUUGGAGCUACUCCUUGCUGGAGACAACGAUGAAGAGGUUUCGAAAGACUUUGAUAUGCGUGGUUUGCAACGUAUUGAAAAGAACAAGGACAAAAGGCUACGUGGGUCUAGAAAACGCAAGGAGGAGAAACUUGCUGCAGGUGUUUCUGGACAGCAGUUUGAGAUUGAUUUGAAAGACAACCGCUUUGCUGCUGUAUUGGAUGGCGACGACGGUAGAUUUGGCAUCGACCGUACAGAUUCACAGUACAAGGAAACGCCUGCAAUGCGAGAGAUCUUACAGGAGCAAAAGGCUCGUCGAAAGAAACGGCGAACAACCAAGUCCACCGAUAAGCCGAAACAAAAACCCGUCCCAAAAGAUGUCGUCGAAGGCGCGAACAUGAAAAGCUCGGGGUCGGCGGCAUUGAGUUCGCUGGUUAAGAGCUUGAAAACGAAAGUCGCCAAAACGUAGAACAUAACAAAGCAAUCCACAAGGGAUCCAUCAAAUGAACUUUAGGCAUUCACGAGAUUCGGGCUGGUAGUUGUACCCCACAUCUCUUCUGCAGCAAUAUCUAUUGUCCCCAGAUAUUCUUUCGUAUGAGCACCGACAGAAGCUAGACCCAACACGGCAGCUGCAUCUCCUUCCUGAAUCGCCUCCUCCGUAAACCACACGCCUGGCUUAACUGUCCCAGACAGAAUGGCACAGCAAAACGCUGCCACACAUUCUCCGACGCAGGGUUCUAGAUUCUCGUGUCCAUAGAGGAGAGAAGCGCUUAUUGUUGGGUCUUUGUCGGUUGUCACGUCGCAUCUCAUGGCAUUGGUGGCACCCGCGAAGAAGUCAACUACACGAACAAUUGGAAGUGAGAAUAUCGCUAGCUUUUCCAUGAGAUCCUCGUUGGAUAGUAGUUCUGGUGGCAGCUGGGCCAUCACACCUAGAAGAGUAUUCCAAAAGCCCGGAGCAGUGCCAAACAAAGACUUGACACUACCAACGCCCAGGACAUCGUGGCUGAGUGUGACAGAGCAACAGAUUGUUGGAGGUGAGAAGACAUAUGCAACCAUUCCAGCAUCCUUCAAAGAGAGGCGCAUUGCCUCGCCGUGGCUUACACAGAUGCCGUUUCCAACAGAUUCAAAUGGGCAAUCUCUUUGUCGCCAAUGACAUCCCCGAAGUUGACAGUUUUGUAUUCCUUCAUUGCCUGGACAGGUCUCCUUCUACCUUCGACGACCAUCAGUGCCUUCUCUGCCAAGAUUAGAAACGUGGCUACCAGUAACGUUGCACCAGCUCCACCAGAUCCUUGCAGAUUGUUGAGAGGAUUGCAUUUGGUUUAGCGGUCCAUAUUUGGCGGCAUUGGCAGUCCUAAGUCAGCCUAAGUUUCUCACUUACCUGCAGUGAAAAAUCCAAAGUCGACCUUUAAGUCCGAUGGAGACAGUUUCGGGUUCUCCUCCAGCACUUUCGUCACCAAUUGUUUGGCCAUCAGUGAAGAUACCCCAGGCUUUUGAAAGCCAUGGAGAGUAUUACACAGCACGGAAGAAUGAGUCCGACUGAAAUAUUUCGAAAUUCAGAUCAUUAUCUCAUAUUGCCAACUCACCCAACAGCCGGUACUAAGUAAACAGGGCACACCAUUUUCUUGCGCUUGCUUCUGGUACUUUGUCUUCGCAGCUGUGGCUGUGCAAUAAUCAUCACAAACAUCCACAUAGGCGACAUUGUUGGCGACACAGGCUUCCAAAACUCCGUUCCUUGCAGUCACCUUUCCCUGAAAUGGUCCAGCAGUAUGGACUACCAAAUCAUAGGACGAAGCCUGUAGAACUUUUUCGAAUGAUGCUGGAUCUUCCCGUUGAACACUUUCGAAACUGACUGUGUUGACAAACUCAAGGUCAUCAAACAGCUGGAUCCAUCGAGACAUUGAUUGCUCAAAUCGAUCCUCGUUGGUGCCCCCCACCGUCACUUUCGAGGCACCUCGUUUGACCAACUGGGUGACAACGGAUCCGCCAACGCGUCCAGAGCCGCCCACUACGAGGAUUCGCUUGCCUUGGAGUGCAUCGAAUGAAAUUGAGGAGUCAGAGGAGGCUGCUUCGAUUGGUUUCGUUCGGAACUUGAAUUUUCCUUCAACUCGCUGGGGUGCAAAGCCCUCGACAAGUACAAGAGCAAUGCUUACUAUUACUAUUCCAAGUUUGCAGGUGACAGGAGCCAUUUGUCAAUGUCAGUACAUGUAUAGUAGCAACAGAGAAUACGAAAGCUUUUGCGACAACGAGUUUGCGGUGGGCGGUGAGAUCAGGAUUCGAUUGAUUCAGGAUGGAUGGAGAAAACACGUCACAGCUUUUGGGGGAUCUCUGACCAAAGCAUCUUUGGUGCAAAAGAUCCAACCGGCGAAUCGAAUGAUCAAUCGAAUCGAAUCGAAUCUGCUUCCGAGCGACCGGCGAAACGCACUGCUGGAGGGGGUGA